AUGUGGGACCUCACAUUCUGUAGAGAGAUUCUCUUAGGUGGGGUUAUGUGGAUUGAACUGUUGGAAAUGGUCAUGUGGCUCAUGGCGUUCGUGUACCCGCUGGCAGUGGGUGCGCAAUUGUGCCGCUGCGCAAGGGACGGUCAACCUUUAGAUGUGCGGUUAGUUACGAACGUGACGCUGGCUCUUAUUCUUCUUUGGAUGUUCGAUUUGGCAGAUGCGGUGGUGUUCUCGUACCUGUUUUCAGUGCGCUCACUUGUCCUCAUGGUGCGCAUUGCUCUCUCGCUUUACCUUCUUCACCCAAGAGUUCUUGGUGCAUCAAGGGUGUACGAGCGCUUUCUCUCUCAAUUUGUAUGGGCAUACGCUCCAAGCGUGAAUGAAACUGUCGCGGAGCACCUUGGGGAAAUAGAACGUAGCGGAUUUGGCCUCUACAUAAAGAAUAUGACCCUCACAUUCCUGAAUGUGAGCGAGACUUUGUUAGAAACCAGCAGACAGUUGUUAAGCGCAGUCGCAGAGAGAGAGGUUCCACUUGAUGAUAGUGAGCGAGGGAUACGUCCACCACUUCAGCAACUACAAAUGCCUUCUGUCAGGUCAACGCCCCAGCGAUGGGGUGAUGUUUUCUCCCGGGAAAGUAGUCGUCUCUCAGAUUUUGUGAUGAUGUCCCCAGUACCAGUGAGACGUCAGCAGUCGACUAAAUCCUUUGUAGAAUAUAGAAAUGAUGCGGAAAUUUCCUUUUCCUCAGAGGAAAUUGUGUUGCCGUUACGCCCUAAACGAGGUGAAAAAAGAUGA